CGCGAGGAAAAAGAAUCCCACAAUGCAGUCUCGCGGGCCGUGGUUUGUGCGGCACAAGAUUCACGCUGAUAACCCAACCCCAUAUCUAUGAACUGCAAUAAAAUUAUCGGAGUCCUAUUUUAGCACCUACCGAUCUCAUUCAAAGAUUUUCCUCUUCAUCUACGCAUCUCGGCAUCUAUCUUCUUCAUCGGUUCAACUUUCCGAUCUGUAUUUUCAAUUAUAUAGUGAAAAUUUUGCAAGUUCAUAUAAUAAAGCUCCUAUCGGCUGUCGCCUGAGAUCUUGAAAUUCCGAGAGCAGAGAGAUGGCAGGAGGAGGGAACACUUCAAAGCCUCCAUCUUCCAACUCAGCCAAUCCGAAGCCACAGACACAGUCACAGCAACAGCCACCGCAGGCUGCCAAUGCUUCCAACCGGACGCCCCGCUGGGAAUCUCCCGGAAAACACCGCCCUCCCAAGGAAUCCAAAUCCUCCGGUUCUGGUUUAGCCGAUAAUAAACCCAAGCCCUCUCCUAAAACCGGCAAAGAAACUGCGUCUGUAGCGGCGAACGCAAAUAAAUCGCUGCAGCCUAUGUCAAGAUCCAAUUAUCGUUCACCCAGACCUGACCGAGAUGCAACCGUAUCUGCGUUACCUCCGUUUCCUUUCCAAGAUCCUCCGCCGCCUCCUACCUAUGGGUUUCAUAUGCUCGAAAGAAGGACCAUCGCGCUUGCAGAUGGUUCUGUUAGGCCUUACCACGCUUUGCCCUCGAAUUAUCCGGAUUUCCCCUCUUUCCCAUCUAGGGAUUUCCGCGGCCCGGGAUUAGGCUUAGAUAGACAGUUUCCUAUGAGUCCGGAAUUCCGACCCGAGUUCAGGAAUCGUGAGAAUCCGCUAAUGUGGAACCGGAAUCCGGAUCAUUGGAAUUCUUUAGGGUUAGACGGGCCGGGUAGUGGUCCAGGGAUGGGUCUGAGUGGGUUUGACAAUAAUCCAAUGAAGAGGAAGUUCGGGGAUGAAGCACUGGAAGUCCAUGGUGGGCUUGAGAGGCAAAGGCAGCAGCUUUUGCAGCAAGGGAAUGCUAGCAACUCCCCUGGGACUAGCGGGUUGUACAGGAGAGAUGUAGGAGAUUCUAGGCCUGCCAAAUUUAUGAGGUCUAUUGAGGCCAAUGUAGGUCAGCUUAAGCAUCAUAGUGUUGAUCAAAAUGCCUUAAAGAAGGCUUUUUUGCACCACGUUAAGGUUAUUUAUGAAAACAUAAGCCAGAAGAAUCGAUAUUUGGCAGAUGGAAAGCAGGGCCGCCUUCACUGUGCCGUCUGUGGCAGUGCUUCACAAGAUUUCCCUGACAUGCAUAGCCUGAUUAUGCACUCCUACAAUUCAAACAACGCCGACUCAACCAUAGAACAUUUAGGGUUUCAUAAAGCAUUGUGCUUUCUAAUGGGAUGGAACUAUUCGGUACCUCCUAACCAUUCAAAGGCGUACCAGUUGUUAUCUGCUGAUGAAGCAUCUGCUAACCAGAAUGACUUGAUCCUGUGGCCUCCAUUGGUGAUCAUCCACAACACUAUGACAGGAAAGCGUCCAGACGGCCGUAUGGAGGGUUUGGGUAAUAAAGUGAUGGACAAUUACCUUAGAGAUGUAGGGUUUCAUGGGGGAAAGUCAAAAGCAAUAUACAGCAGAGAAGGUCAUUUAGGAAUUUCCCUUGUGAAGUUUUCCGGUGAUCAAGCCGGUUUGAAAGAGGCUGUGAGGAUGGCUGAAUACUUCCUCAAAGACAACCGUGGGCGCAACGGUUGGGCACGCGUGCAGCCCUUUACUACUUCAGGAGGGGCGGAUGAAGAUAACAAUCCGGACCUAGUAAAGGUUGACCAGAGGACGGGGGAGAAGAAGAGAGUGUUCUAUGGUUACCUGGCAACGGUUUCUGAUAUGGAAAAGGUUGAUUUUGAAACAAGGAAGAAGGUAUCUAUUGAGAGCAGACGAGAAUUGCAGUCUUCUUCCUAAUAAAACAAACCCCGCGAAUGGUAAACUCUUCUUCCGGCUAAGUUACAAUUUCCCAAUUUGCUUCCAUCAUGCUUGCCUAGAAAAAGUACCGCCUGUUCACUUGAUCUGAAGUUCACCUUUUUUAUUUGGGCUGAUUUAUUAAUUCCGUGAACACAAAUGAUACAUGUUGCUCUUCCUUUAUUAAUGAUUACAGGCUGGUGUUAAUUCCAUCCACUUUAGCUAGUUAGCUGUUCUGGUUACUUGUUUCAUGAACAGAUCUGUUGGUUUUAGUAGGAUAUAUCCUACUUAAAGUCCUAUGAGGGUGUGGGUUCGUGCCUUAAUUGGAUGUAAGAUAGCCCUGAUUAAUAGGAUUACUUCCUCAAAAGUAAAGUGAGAUUAUGGGAAGACUCAGAGAUAAACUUAAGCUCUGUUUUUUCCUAGGUUGUGAUAUUACUUAUGAUGCUAAGUAGCUACUGGAAACGUCGUUAUAAUUUCA